UCUCUAUCAGAUGAGAGUCGCUUUCAACUGCAGAGUAGUUUUGACUUCGGAGUUCGGCUGUAGUCUGUGCUGAUGGUAACCAACUGUCUUGGAGACUAUAGCGUUCUAUUAUGGAGCUAUUGGCUUUCUACUAAAACAACGGUAAUAAUAGUAAUUAUUAUAUCUGCCUUCGUUUCCGAAUGUAUUGGAUGGCGACGGAUUUCAGAAUGAUUUAUCCUUGAAUGAAUAUGGAUGAGUCCUACUUAGAAAAUAUAAAUUUAAUCAGCACGUCAAGUAGCCGCACAACUAAACAACUAGAAAAGUUGACAAAUUCUCUAAAUUUAUCUACUACUGUCGAUAUAGCUUCAAUAAGUCAAAAUGAUUUAAGUUUUAUAGAUAAUAACAAAACCUGUCUACCGAAUAAAAAACAAAGGCUAAAAGCAUAUCUCACCAAAACUACAAACGCAAUUAAGUAUAAAGCAACAUCAUCUGAUUUGCAUGAUUUGUCAACAAAUCGUGCAGAUAAUUUAGUAUCUGAAACGCAAAACUACAACAAACCAGUAAAAGUAAAGUCUCGAUGGACUCACACUAGUCAAAUGGAAAUUACAGACGACCAAGAUAUAACUGUUCCUCCUCUGUCCGAGAAUAGUCCACAAGAAAAAAUUGUCGAUAGCUCUGUUGGAACUAAAAAUGUAGCGUGUAAUAAUUCAGUCGUUACAUCAAUGAUUGUUAGUUCAGUUAAAGCUAGAACUUCAAGAAAAUCUACUUUUCGAAAAUACAUAGAAAUCCAAGAGUACGGAUGUAGUAAGAAUAAAAAAAAACAUUGUACCAAACGUAUUGAAGUAAAAAAAAAAAAAGGACGUCCUACAAAAAGUGUUUUUAACAACAAUGGAACUCCAAGCGUUUCCAGUAAUGAAAAUUCAAUUGAUUCGCCCGAUUCGUUAAUUAAUUCUCAACCCGAUGUAGUAAAUGACGUAUUAAAUAGUACAAAAAAACGUCGUGGUAGGUCAAAAAAAAGAAACGAAACUGUGUCGGAUAUAAUUGAUGAAACGGCUAAUAUUUUGUCGGGUACAAAUGUUGGAAAAGAGAGACGGAAAAAAGGUACCAGUAACCGUAGAACAAAAAAUGCUUUUAAUAUUUCCAAAGAAACGUUAGAAAAUAAUGAAAUAAUUUCAAAUGCUUUUGAAAUGGGUAAUUUACAAGUCAAUAGUGCUAGUUACGAUUCAUCAAGUGUCGAGUCGUUUAAAACUGAAACUGAAAAAGAUAGCGAAAAAGAUGUAAUGAUGUUCAGCGAAUCAAUAAAUUGUAACGAUAAUGUAGUAAAAGACAUUACUGCAGUAGACUGUAAUGAACCAACGUUCUUGCAUGUAAAUGAGAAGACAAUUGAUAAAAUAAUGUCAUCUUUGGAAGGACUUGUAGUCAAUUCUAGUGAACUAGUGUCUGAAGACGACUAUGAAGGUGGUACAGAAAUAGGUUAUACCACUGAACCUUGUGUUGGAAACAAGCAAACAGAAUUUGAUGAACUUAAACAAAUUAAUUGGAAUAAUUCACCGAGUAUAAUAAGAUCAAAGAGUGAUGACGACCUAUCAUCAUUCCCAUCUCGACGACAGUCUCUUUGUGAGAAUUUUAAGUUUUCUAGUUGUUCAAAUUUAAACGAUAAAGAUUUCAAAAUAAACAAGUCAUGGAAAAGCCUUUCGUACUUAGAAGGCGGACCCAAUCAUGUGGAAAAAUGUGAACGCAUCGACCUAGAUAAAAAGUUCAGAACAGAAUUGAAGCGCAGUAGAAGUUUUCCAAAUUGCAUGUUAUUAGAUACGGUUAUUUGGAGAUAUCUAGUCUAUCAACAAACGUAUAACGAUUUUGAUCAAAAAUAUGAUUUACUAACAGACACUGAAGUGGAAUUAAUAAAUGAACUUCCCUUUGACGGAUUUGACAGAGAAAUUCGCUCAAAAAGUGUGCCUAUAGGGCAAAAUGAAAACCACAUGGAACGAGAAAACAUUGUCUAUCGAAGUUCAGAUAAUUUGAAUUCUUUAUCCUACCUUGGAAAUCACGCUGCAACCUUGUCGUUCGAGUCGAGUACCGAUAUGAAUGCAUCGAAAAUUGUUAAAAGCGAUUUAGUCGAAUGUGGUGGAAAAAUAAGAAGAUCCAAACGUUUAACUACUAAAAUCAAACGUGUAGAUAUCAUAGACGAUGAAGAGCUGGAGCAUGACGAUUUCAAGGUUAACUAUUUAUUACUGGCAAAGAAAAUAUGGCAAGCAAAUGAAAACCAGUUGGCUGAAGCAAGAAAAACUGACCCAGAGCUAGAAAAGAAGUUGAAAACAUUAAAUUUCAAAUUAGUUCCCAAUAACCUGUACAAACCUGAGAGAAACAAAAUGAGUGAAUAUACGGCUGCUGAAGCUCAAGACCUACGCAAACUAAAGCCCAAGGCUACUAACGUCGAUCCAAAUGUGUUGUGUGAAUGCACUUAUACCAAAGAAGACUGGUUAAAAGGUAGACCUGGUUGUGGUGAAGGUUGUUUGAAUCGUCUUUUAAACAUUGAAUGUGGAUCUGGCUGCCCUUUGAAAUCCUUUUGUACAAAUAAACAAUUUCAAAACAAACAAUUUAAACACACUCAACUUGUCAAGACUCAAAAUAAAGGCUAUGGCGUUUGUGCUUUUGAAGAUAUUCCUAAGGGUUCGAUUGUUGAUGAAUACGUUGGUGAAGUCAUAGACCAACAUGAAAUGAUAAGAAGAAUGAAGUUGAAUGUUUAUAAAAAUAAUAAUUAUAUGGUGCAGUUGAAACACGACGAAGUCAUCGAUGCAACACGAAAAGGAAACAUUACUAGAUUUAUUAACCAUAGUUGUGAACCUAACUGCAUAGCAGAAAAAUGGCAUGUUUUGGGCGAAUCUCGUAUGGGUUUUUUUAGUUCUAAAGACAUAAAGAAAGGAGAAGAAAUCACUUUUGAUUACAGUUUUCAAAUAUUUGGGGAUGCUGCUCAACAAAAAUGUUACUGUGGGACACCGAAAUGUCGAGGAUUUAUAAGUAAAAAGUCCAGAACAAGUGAGCAAAGUAGUUCUGAGGAAAGCGACGAUGAUGACGACGAUGAAGUGGUAACAACUAAACCAGAAGAAUGUGUUGAAAAGAAAAAGAAACUCGAAUUGAAGAGAAUCACCAUAAAAGACAAGAAACGUUUACGAGAUCUCGAUAAGCAACUGAUGGACAUAAGCAAUCUAAAGAACAAAAGUCGUACCGAUUUAGAAAAAGCGACAUUAAAUUUAAACAAAUUAAUGGUUCAUAUCACGGAUUCAAUGAGCCGAUCUCAUAUUCUAAAGUUUAUUCGAGAACAUGACUUGAAUUGCAAGAGGUUUUUCAUGAACUUCAAUGGAUUGAACAUAAUACAUAGCUGGAUGACAUCAAAUAACGAUGAAAGUCUCAAGUUGGAGAUCAUUGAAACUCUCUCGGAACUUCCCAUAUCAAACAGAAAUACCAUUAAAAAAUCAAAGGUGCUAGAUACUGUUGCAGAGUGGGCUAAAAUACCGGUUCAUAUUAAGAAUUCAAUUGAAAAUUUGGUUUACCCCGUUGAAAAAAGUAUAGAACAUGGACAAGAAGUUGAUAAAUUAUUACCCAACGAAGAAAACAUUUCACCGUUAAUGUUGGCGGCUAGAGUUUUAUGGAAAAGAUGGAUUAUCUUGAAAAUGGUGUUUAAAAUACCAAAAAUUGAUCGUCCGAAAGAAGUUAUUGCCAAAGCUGUUCACAGUAAACCUGCAGUUACAGUACAGAUAAAACCACAAAUUAACCAGUACCAUUUUGGAAAACCGUUAACUACGAGACCAAAUCCGAUUUUAAACAAUGAAAAACGCCAAAACAAGUUCACCAGUCUUAGAAGUAUGGAAAGUAUUGGAAAAGAAGAUAACAAACAUUAUGCGAGUUCUAUGGAAAAGUUUAGUAAAAUGAUAACAUACCAAAAACAGCAGGAUAAUUGUGAUAAGAGUAAUACCCUACUGGAAUGGAAGAAGAAGCAUCGAGAAUAUGUAGCGCAAAAAGCCGAUAAAAGAUCUACUACUAGCGCAGAAGAAUCAAAGCAUUUAGUUCGAAAUUCAAAGCGUAGAUCACUAUCUACAUUCAUCAAUUCUCAGCAAGAUAUUCCUACUAUAGGAAGUGACGUUACUGUUGGCACAAUGAAUUGGAACGACAUAGCUAAAAUUACUCCAGCAGAUUACCAAUUAAAUUGUGAUCAGUCGAUAAAAACCGCCGCUUUAGCUGUAAAACCAAAGAAAUCUAAAAAUGUCAAGUAUUUUCCCAUUGAAGAAAUUGUAACAAAAAAACCAGCAUGGAGUAUACCACCUCCGACUAUUAAUGAACUUCUACACGAGCCUGUCUUGAAAACUGUAUUGAAUAUAGCUCCACCACAUAUGCCUGAAAUUCACCAGCCGUCGGAUACGGAUAUCAUCGAACACAAUGAAGACGUACAGCUAAAUUUAUCCAUAUCACCUAUUCAUGUAAUGAAUCCAGAAAAUAUUCUUUACGAUGCUCAACAUCCUAGUAUUACGGAACAAACGGAAUUUUUGCAACAAAAAACUGAGGAAAACAAUAAACAAGUUGCUUUGGUUACCAAAUCAGAAAAAUUAAAUACUACCAUGUUGCUUCCUUCGGCGUACGAUAUAUUAUUGAAACAAGCUGACCAAAAUUUAACACGUCUUUUCGACAACGGUCUCCAUUUAGUUUUCAAAUCUUCAGCGAUAAAUUACAUCGGUAGAUUACCCAUUCAAAUAUCUCCUUCAUCUUCUUUUCAAAUAACAGUUCCGGAUAAUAAUAGCCUGGCCAAUUUGUUGAAGCGUUUGAAAGUUGGAAGUAAUUUCUACACUGCGCAACCGUCUAAUGUUGUGAAAAUAAAAAAACUAAAGUGUACGUCAAAGGCUUUACCCAGGAAAAGUAAAAACGUAUUUAGAAUUAAAGAGAAAAAGACUGACUUACUACUAGACAAUGGUGAUACUGGAAAAAUCAAUGAUCCUGUUUUCUUAAACAAUCGACAACUUGUUGCUACGCCGCAGUGUUCUAAUGUGAAAAAAAUGUACAAUAAACAAACUGUUCAGUUGAAAAAUAGCAAUAAGUUUGCGUGUAAAAUUUUAAAUGGUCUCCUAAAAAAAUCCAACACAUCUCCUAGUCGGUUUAUAACCAAUACCAAUAGAGAUAUGCAUGUGUACUCGCACGACGUGGCGAAGGAAGUCGAUUUGUAUCAUAAAUUAGUUCCGACAGUAAAAAAUACGCUAUGUGCCAAUUUGAAGAAAAAAGACGAACCAAACAAACCUGCUGUGAGUGUGUUCAAACGAAACGUUUGUAUGAAGUUUCAAAAGUCGGCAGUGACAUUUAACAAUGCGAAUAAUCUGCCAGUACUUAAAAUAAAUGAAAAAUCUGGCCUGUCGAUCAACAACGUUGGAAACAAUUACAACGCUUUAAAAAGAAAAAUUAACUGUAAACCUCUGCUACUGGGUGAAAACAAAAAGAGAUUAAUGGAACAGGUAGCACUCAAUAAUAAUACAAGUAUACCGAACGCCGCCGUUAACUGUGAUGAUAAUACUAUGUUUAAGAAACCAAUGUUACCCGCGUCGCUCGAGAAAACAAAGAGAUACGUCGCCGCUCAUACAGUGAACAUUGUGGAUAAUCAAGUACCGUGUUCGUCGAAACAAACGGGACCGUCUGGUAUUUCGAUGUCGAACACAACAGACCACCUCACAAGACAAAAACCUCUAAUGAAAUGCUUGCCAUUUCCAAAGGUGGACACUAUCGCUGCUAUUGCCGAGAAAGAAAGGAACGCUAGAAACUUGGCUACUUCGUUGAGUUUAGGUUAUUUUCCGGAUUCGGCGGCAGAAACCCAAUCCAGUCGGGAGUUGAUCGAUCCUAUUGUGAACAAUUACAAAUCUAGUUUAAUAGCGCAGAAUUGUAAAGGUCGUCUAAUUGCCAACGAUCCCAUUGUAAGAGAUUAUCUGAAUCGUGCUCGGCAAGAUUCGUUGAAAAACGCACGCAAAUGCAAACUUCCCGAAAGUAUGAUGUCACUGCCAGUCGAAGUACUCAACCUCAUACCGGACAGUCUGAAAGAAAUGAAAUAUGUUAUUGAUUUCUACCACUCUAUGGCUACGGUUAUAGUCAAAGUUUUAGAUUCAUAUGUGAAGAAAUCUUGCAAGCAAGGUAGAAUAAAAAAUGACGACGAUUUUAAAUAUUUGGCUAAAAAGCUCAACGCGAACAUUUUGUUCAAAGAACUCCAAGCCAGAAGGGUAGAAGACUUGAAGAUAAGCGAAGGUGUAAAAAACAAAGUCGAACAAUAUAUUAAGAAAUACAUGUUGAAGUUUGGAAAAGUUUACAAAAGAAAGACGUCCUCUGAUUUUCGUCCCUCACAACCAUAAUUUAUAAGAUACGAUAAACCAUCAACAUAGCAGUAUUUUUGGAAACUAAAUUUUUUUUUAUAUAUAUAUAUAUACAGUAAACAGUGUGUAACAUAUAUAUUUAUAUAUAUUUCAAAUUUAUUUAUUUUAAGGAUAAAGUACUUAAUGAAUAAUUGACCAGAAUAAUGUAAAUUAGUCGUGAACUGAAAAUAAUAAGACAAUAUUUCUAUAGAGCGAGAUCAAAUGAUUAUUUAUAAUUUAAUUGUUAAUAGGUGUAUUAUUUUCCAAAGACAUUUUUAAGGUAUAUAUAUAUAUAUAUAUAUAUAUAUUA